AUGUCUCUCUCUGUCUUUCUCUUUACACCUCUUCUGAUCUCAUCCUUUUAUUCUUUUUUUCCUUUUGAGCAAAGAGAGAAUCUUUCACUUACUCUCUUUACACUUUCUUCUGUCUAUAUCCACCAUUCUUUCCCACUAUCAUUUCUUAUAUUUUCUUGUCUUCCGGAUGUCCAUACCUGUUCUCAUUAUUCUAUCCUUUUUCUUCUCUAUUUACUUUUUUCUAUACUUUCCUUCUUGUCAUCCAUUUUAACCACAUCCAUCUCUUUCCUUCCAGUAUUGAUUAGAAUUAAGGCGAGAGUUUAUUUAAAGGUAAAUUUAAAACGUAGCAUACACAGCAUCUAUCUAUCUAUCUAUCUAUCUAUCUAUCUCAGUCUGUUCAUUUAUCUAUCCAUGUAUCUAUCUCAGUCUGUUCAUCUAUCUAUCUAUCUAUCUAUCUAUCUAUCUAUCUAUCUAUCUCAGUCUGUUCAUCUAUCUAUCUAUCUAUCUAUCUAUCUAUCUAUCUAUCUAUCUCAGUCUGUUCAUCUAUCUAUCUAUCUAUGUAUCUAUCUCAGUCUGUUCAUCUAUCUAUCUAUUUAUCUAUCUAUCUCAGUCUAUUCUAUCUAUCUAUCUAUCUAUCUAUAUAUCUAUCUCAGUCUGUUCUAUCUAUCUAUCUAUAUAUCUCCAUCUGUUCAUUUUAGUCUGUUCAUCUAUCUAUCUAUCUAUCUAUCUCAGUCUCCUCAUCUAUAUAUCUAUCUAUCUAUCUAUCCCCUGUAUGCGUAA